AUGAUGGGUGGCGAUGACUUCAACAUUUACGCCUGGCAGAUUCCGGACGGAUUUGCCGAAUUGCCACCGGUCGAAGGCCUAGAGAUGUACCGAAAUCUGGAUAACUGCACGACGAUGCUGCAGGGGCACCGGUCGAUCGUCAACCACGUCCGGUACAACAAGAAAAUGAAGGCGCUGGCGAGUUGCGGGAUUGAGAAAAUUGUCAAGAUUUGGACACCUUACGCGACGAUGGAUUCGACGAUCAACCCGAUAUUGAGAACCCCGCAAAUGGGCGGUUUUAUCGAUCCCGUUGAGAACCUUGAUGACAAUGUGGACGAGGAUCCGCAGAUGCUGUCCUAUUUUGAUGAGAUAUCGAAUCAGACUCGCCAUGAAACAAUGGGCGGCUCGAUGCAUCGCGGUUUCCUGGACGAUAGCGACGAUAGCGGUCCCUUUAGCGCCUAUGUCGACCAAGUGCACUACCUCGAUAUCGACGACGGAAUCAGCGGCGAUUCUGACGACUCUGACGAUUCCUCCGCAUCGGAAAGCACCGGCCACCAUCCCCGCCGUACCAUCCAGUUCUUCUUUCAAGCCGCCAGGCGGCGAUAUGAGGCGCUUACCGCUGAGGAGAUGGCAGCAGAUCGCUCGGAUGACGGGGCUCAGGGAGACGACGAGGCGACGGAUGGCCGUAGCGACGCGGACGACAUGGACGCUUCCGGGGCUGUCGCUGAUGCAGAGGACAGCGAGCGUGAAGGUGGCGAUGCUCCUUCGAGGGAGCCGAUCACUCGCUGGCCUCCAUCCCCAUCGCCGUCUCCUCCUGCUGUU